GGUGGGGGGGGCGGUGGCGGCGCCGGGAUCGAAGCGCCUUUCCAUCCACUGGAGGUUGGGACUGCCUGGAUCAGAGAGUUCCCAGCACAAGAAAAACAAAGGUGUCCAUGGUGUCCGCCCAGGACCUGCUGACGUGACUCCCGAGCCACCAGGACGCUGGUGUGGGUGGCUCCAUGUCCCAUCUCCAGAGCUCCUGGGACGGGCAGCAGCAGAGCAUGGCGUAUCUUCCAGAUCCAGACAUGGAGCCAGGGGCUGCCAGCACCUCCCUGCCCGACCCCGACUGCGAGCGCAACGUGCCCCGGAUCUGCGGCGUCUGCGGCGACAGAGCCACCGGCUUCCACUUCAAUGCCAUGACCUGCGAGGGCUGCAAGGGCUUCUUCAGGAGGAGCAUGAAGAGGAAGGCCAUGUUCACCUGCCCCUUCAACGGGGACUGCAGGAUCACCAAGGACAACCGGCGGCACUGCCAGGCGUGCCGGCUCAAGCGCUGCGUGGACAUCGGCAUGAUGAAGGAGUUCAUCCUGACGGACGAGGAGGUGCAGAGGAAGCGGGAGAUGAUCCUGAAGCGCAAGGAGGAGGAGGCCCUCAGGGAGAGCCUGAAGCCCAAGCUGUCGGAGGAGCAGCAGAAGGUCAUCGACGUCCUCCUCGAGGCCCAUCGCAAAACCUACGACCCCACCUACGCCGACUUCUCCAAGUUCCGGCCCCCCGUGAGGAGCCACCCCAACAACAGGGGGGCAACAAAGUCCUCCUCUGUCCUCACCCAGGACCUGUCAGAGGAGGAUUCCACUGACCUCUUCUGCUCCGACGCCUUCAGCACAUUCCCAGAGUCCGUGGAGCCGCGGAUGUUCUCCAACCUGGUCCUCAACGAGGAGAAUGACGACAGCUCCUCCAUGAACAUCGAGUUCUCCCAGCUCUCCAUGCUCCCACACCUGGCUGACCUGGUCAGCUACAGCAUACAGAAGGUGAUCGGCUUUGCCAAAAUGAUCCCGGGGUUCAGGGACCUGUCAGCAGAGGACCAGAUUGUCCUGCUGAAGUCCAGUGCCAUCGAGGUGAUCAUGCUGCGCUCCAACCAGUCCUUCACCCUCGAGGACAUGAGCUGGACCUGCGGCAGCAACGACUUCAAGUACAGGGUCAGCGACGUCACCCAAGCUGGCCACAGCAUGGACCUGCUGGAGCCACUCGUGAAAUUCCAGGUGGGCUUGAAGAAGCUGAACCUUCACGAGGAAGAGCACGUGCUCCUCAUGGCCAUCUGCAUCCUGUCCCCAGACCGGCCGGGCGUGCAGGACACGUCGCUGGUGGAAUCCCUGCAGGACAGGCUCUCGGAGAUCCUGCAGACCUACAUCCGCUGCCGGCACCCGCCGCCGGGGAGCCGCCUGCUCUACGCCAAGAUGAUCCAGAAGCUGGCGGACCUGCGGAGCCUCAACGAGGAGCACUCGCGGCAGUACCGCUGCCUGUCCUUCCAGCCCGAGCACAGCAUGCAGCUCACGCCGCUCGUGCUCGAGGUCUUCGGCAACGAGAUCUCCUGACUCCUCGGGG